AUGGCAAAAAAAGUUGCUAUCAUAGGUUCAGGUGUAUCAGGACUUGGAGCAGCUUGGUUAUUAACAGAAUAUUCAACAGACUAUAAGGUGACAUUAUACGAAGAGAAUGAUUAUUUAGGAGGACAUACACACACCGUUGACUAUAUAGUUCCAUCAACCAAGAACUGCAAAGAGCCGAUAAUUACACCAGUGGACACUGGUUUCAUUGUAUUUAAUCAUGUGACAUAUCCUAAUUUACUAAAAUUCUUUGAAUUGAAAAAAGUGGAAUUUAUUGACUCAAAAAUGAGUUUUGCAAUUUCCAGAAAUCAAGGUGAAUUUGAAUGGUCAGGACGUACUCCAAUCAGUGUAUUUUGUCAAGCAAAAAAUUUGUUGAGCCUAGAAAUGUGGCAAACUAUUUAUGAUAUUGUUAGAUUUAAUUUUCAUUCAACAGAUUUGUUAGAGUUACCAGAUGAUCAUCCGGACAAAAAAAUGAGUAUAGGUGAAUAUUUGGAUAUUAAUAAAUAUUCCAAGGCUUUCAGAGACAAUUAUCUUUUACCAAUGACAGCAGCAAUCUGGUCUACCCCGCCUGAUAAAUGUUCAUUAGAUUUUCCAGCAUUAACGUUAAUUCAAUUUAUGCAUAAUCAUUGUUUGCUUCAGAUUCUUCAUAGAAUAAAAUGGUUUACUGUGAAAAAUGGAAGUCACAAGUAUGUUGAAGUGAUAGCAGAAAAAAUCCCUGAUAUACGUUUAUCAACAAAGGUGAUUCAAGUUAAACGAUCAGCAACGUCAAUUAAAAUAAUAGAUGAGAAAUCUAAUUGUGAAGAAUAUGAUCAUGUAAUAUUUGCAACACAUGCAGAUCAAACUUUAAAAAUACUAGGCGAUGAGGCAACUGAUGACGAAGUUGAUGUUUUGGGCGGUGUAAAAUUUAAUAAAAAUAAAGCUGUUUUACAUUGUGAUUUAGAGUUUAUGCCAAAAAGAAGAUUGGCAUUUUCUUCUUGGAAUUAUCUUACCAAAUCCACAGGAAAUUCUAAUAUUAAUGAAGUGUCAUUGUAUGUAAAAUAUGUAAAUUCUAGAUUUAUAGUGAUGUCUAUUGAUGAGAAAAUUUAUGGGCCUGUAUUGGUGACAUUGAAUCCAUUGGAUGAAAUAGAUCCUAGCAAAGUUCACGGUGAAUGGCAUUAUGAACACCCACAAUAUUCACCUGAAACAAUCAAAUCCCAACAAAAACUUUACAAAAUACAAAAUCAACCAAACCUACAUACAACUUUUGCAGGAGCAUGGACUAAUUAUGGAUUUCAUGAAGAUGGGUUCACAUCAGGAUUAAAAAUUGCUAAAGAACAUUUUGGUGUUGAGUGCCCAUUUGAAAUUAUUGAUGCAACCUAUAUUAGAGGUAAAAGAGCCAAAUUGAGUUUUAUUGGCAAAUUACAAAAACAUUCAUGGAUUGGAUUUGAAUUAUUUAUUUCAUUUUUAUGCCAUUUGAUUAAUUUUUUUUGUAUUUUAAUGGUUAUGUUAAUUGAAAGUUUAGAGCAAUUAUGUUAUAAUAUUAGCCAUGAUAAACUUAAUAAUAAUAAUAUUAAGGAAGAUUAA